UUUCUGUACCUACAGAGAAACUGGCUGAAAACUUUAGAGAUUAUUUUCAUACCCAACAGUUACAUCGCUUAACUUUUUAAACAUAUUUUUAAUUUUAAAUAUAAAUCUAUCGUUACAUUUUCAAAGCAGAGGCUCAGCGGCCAUCUUUAAUCAAGGUAAUGCUGAAGAAAAGCAAGGUGCCGCAGUCCAGGAGAGUAGAAAUCCUGUCUCUGUUUCAAAGAUACGCAGAAGGCCUCUCUACUUUACCUGCGAGCGCUCUGCUGACGUUUCUCUGUAAGGAACAAAUGGAGCUCGCAGCGAACAAAGACACGGCGGAGGAUCUGAUCGACAGAUAUGAGAUUGAGGAGACAGCUGUAGAAAGCAGGUGCAUGACGUUCGAAGGCUUCCUCAGAUAUAUGGAGUCCAAAGACUGCUGCGUGUUCAACCGGACUCACAAGACAGUGUACCAGGACAUGGACCAGCCUCUCACCAACUAUUUCAUCUCCUCGUCUCACAACACCUACCUGACCGGAGAUCAGCUGGUCGGGAAGAGCCACCUGGAUGCGUAUGUUAGCGCGCUGAGGAAAGGCUGCCGCUGUCUAGAGAUCGACUGCUGGGAUGGUCCAGACACGGAGCCUGUAGUUUACCACGGCUACACCCUCACCACCAAGAUUUUAUUCAAGGAUGUCAUCAGAACUGUGGAACAACACGCCUUCGAGGUCUCCGCCUACCCGGUGAUUCUGUCUCUGGAAAACCACUGCUGCGAGGAGCAGCAGCAAGUCAUGGCCAAGUACCUGACUUCCAUCCUGGGGGACAAGCUGCUGAAGAGUCCUUUAGAUCACCCGACCACCGGAGACCUCCCAAGCCCAAAUGACUUGAUGUAUAAGAUCCUGAUCAAGAACAAAAAGCUAAAGUCACAGAUUAGGAGAGAGGACAAGACAGAGGAGAGUGCAGAUGAGGGUGAGGAUGCUGAUGAUGAGGAUGAGGAGGAUGAUGAUGAUGAUGAUGAUGACAGCAUUCAAUCCAAAACAAAGUUCUGGUCUCCAAGAAAAAUGAGUUCAAAGAAGAAAUAUGGCUACUCUGUGAAGUUUAACCUUGUCUCACUUAACGGCACUGACCAGAAGAAGGUGAAGGUGACCCUUCACCAGGAUUUAUCGGACCUGGUGAUUUACACGCGGUCUGUGAAGUUCAUCAGCUUCAGCCACUCCAGGGACAAUCAGAACUGCUAUGAGAACACAUCCAUGGCAGAAAAGAAGGCGCGCAAGCUCCUCAAGGCCUCAGGUUCCAGUUUCAUUAAGCACAAUCAAAGGUUCCUAAGCAGAAUUUAUCCAGCAGGCUCGAGAACGUCCUCGUCCAAUUACAACCCGCAGGAGUUCUGGAACGUCGGCGCGCAGCUCGUGGCUCUGAAUUUCCAGUCUCCAGGCCUGUCCAUGGACCUCAACAAUGGCCGUUUCCAAGACAACGGCGGCUGCGGGUACGUCCUGAAGCCAGCGGUGCUGAUGUCCAGUGAGAGGAGCUUUGAUCCCAGCAUCAGCUGUCGCUACCUGAAACCCAUACAGCUGGUGCUCAAGGUGAUAAGUGGGUCCAACCUUCCGAUCAUCAAGUCUCGAAACACUCUGGACCCAUUUGUACGAGUGGAGAUUCAUGGGAUUGCAAUCGACUCCCGCAGUAAAAGCACUCACACUGUCAAAAACAAUUCUCUGACUCCUCACUGGGACACCGACAUGAACUUUAGCAUCACUGUCCCUGAGCUCUGCCUCGUCCGCUUCUGCGUGCGUGACCAGAUGACCCUCUUCAAGAGCGAGUUUGUGGGCCAGUACACGUUGCCCUUCACCAGUUUGAAGAAAGGCUACCGCUGGGUGCCUCUCCUGUCCCGACAAGGAUGCAGUCUGGAUCCGGCUUCCCUCUUCGUGUUGGUUUUGUAUUAGUAUCAAUCCAAGAUGGACUCUCUCUCACACAGUUUAGAUACAAAGAUAGAUGGAUUAUCUAGCACCCAAUAAGAACAACAAAAUAUCAAUAAUUAAGUUACACAAUGCAUGAUUUUCUGAGAUAUAAAAUAUCCAUUUUAUUGUCAAAAUAUGUAAAUGUCUAUUUUUACUGUUGGCUAACAGAGUUACAGAAAAGAGAAAAGAAACUGAUUGUGUACUGCUUGAAUUUCUUUGGUAAUUAAUAUUAAUCCAUACAUUAAAUCACAAAUUUUUGUCCAAUAAUCACCUUGAAGAUAUAAACAUGGACUACAAACACAACAAACUUAAGCUUCAUGUUUUCUUGUAAUAGCCUAAUCUCACAUUGAAUUCAUUAAAACAAUUCUAACUUUAAUUUGAGUCUUUUCACUACAGAGGGAAAAAAAUCCCAUGUUAAGAAAUUAUUGCUUUUAACAAAAUCACCGUUGGCAUAAUUAU